AUGUGCGUGGAGCGAGUGACAAAUAACGGUAGGAAGUGCAAUGAUAAGGUGAUGUUGGGACUGCAGACGCAAAUACCUCUCAUUCGGGAAGAGGUGUCAUCCUCGGUGUGUGAUGAGGUAAUUGACCUUGAGUUGCCAAUGUCCCCGCAGUCGGACGGUGUGUGCACACUUCUUACCCUCCUUUCCUUCUACUCUCUCCGCCCUCACUUCUUCACUGAGCACCGAGGCGGUAUCCUUGCUGGACUCUCGUGUCGGUGCACAACCAGCUACUGGACAGGAACCUUGCUCUCCAACACAUUACAACGUCUCAUGCCCUUGACAUGUGCAGCAGCAACAGUCGCUUCGCCACUGGAGGGCAUAGGGAAGGAGUCCUAUGGCUACCUAAGCUUGCACUUGCCUGGAUGCCUUCAAUCAUUUGACAUUAUCCAUCUGAGCGGCAAUCUGGAUAACUUGUUCAUCACCGAUAGGGGGCACCCUUUCCUGAACUCGACCGUGCAUGCGACUAAUCAGGAUCUUGCGUGUGAAUACUGA